CCGACGUGAUCGAGAUCCAUUGUCCUCUUGAAGCAAACCUGAAUGUUAGUUGCACUUGGAAGCCGAACACAACCCGAUUCUGCUCCUAUCCGAUCCCAGCCAUAGGAGCUACACCGUUCCUCACCGUGUUUGAAUUGGUGUGCUCCCUUGCGUGCUUCGACGUGCACAAAGGAGGACGUUGACCUGUCUCACAGCAACACCUGUGACAGUGAAACCAACCAUUCGUGCUCACCAGCCGGAAUCCAGAUCAGACAAUCUGCAAGGAGCUAGCUGAUGGUGCCAACCAGAAACACACAGAAGCUUGGAAUACCAACCCUUUCGCUUUGGUGGCUGAUUUUAGCUUCUGGUUGAAAGAGCUAGUCGGGUUUUACACUUUUCCCGCCUCGACUACAACAUUCUAGACGCAAGGGAGGCUGAGAAUCGGAGAGCUGUAAGACAGCCAGCCCCGCAACAACAAUGCUCUCGGAGGAGUUCGUGUCAGCCAUCUGCGGGCCCCCUCUGUCCUCCAACACGGCCAUUGCCAAAGAUGUCGGCAUCUACUGCCACACCCUCAGUCCCACAUACUCAGUCAAGUCGACAUUCAAGAAAAGCUCGGCCCCAGUGAAUUGUCUUGCCGUUAGCGAGACCCACGUCUUCGCCGCCCAGCAUGAGAAGGCUUACGUGCAUGUUUACUCUAGACUCCGUGGAAACCAGGAGGCGUUUGUAGCCUUCCCCGAGAGGAUACGAUGCCUGACCCUGGCCGGAGACGUCCUCGUGAUGGGCACGACAGAAGGCAGACUAAUGCUAUGGGAGACAUGCACUGGCCGGCUCGUGUCGACGCCGGCCCGCCACGUUCAGGCCGUAUCGUGUGUGGUUGCCACGCCCUUCCAUGUCUUGACAGGGUCUGAUGACUCGGAUAUCCACGUGUGGUCUCUGCCCCAGCUGCUCGAGCUGGACUCUGCCGCUGAGCACGAACCGCAACGCAGCCUCUCAAACCACAGGACCGCCAUCACAGGUCUCUCGGUGAGCCCGAGUGUCAGCAGUGACACAAACUUCUGUGUAUCGGCGAGCAAGGAUAGAUCUUGUAUCAUCUGGAACUACCAGACUGGUGAUGCCCUGCGGACUGUGCUCUUCCCCAGUUCUCCUCUCUGCCUAGCUCUCGAUCCGUCCUCCAGAGCCGUUUGCGUCUCGUGUGAGGACGGGUCGCUGUACCUGACGGAGCUGUUUGCCGGAAAGCCUCUCCUGGGGCCCGGGUCUGAAGAUGCCGCAACAGUGGUACAGAUCAGCUCGCCAUUCGGUGCGACGCAGCCUGAUGUUGGACCGGCUUCCUGCCUGAGCUUGAGUUACGACGGUACGAUGCUGCUCACCGGACACCCGCGAGGCCAGAUCAUGAGAUGGGACAUUGCGGAAAAUAAGUCGCCAGUCGAGCUUGCCAACCUCAACGCCGCCGUCACGAACGUCGCGUUUGUCUCGCCAUUCCCGGCGAACAAGCCUACGAAGACUGUAACGAUUACCAAGCCCUCGCAGGCCGAGCGGGCAUACACCUUCACCGGCCAGUUCGAGACAUACGCGGCCACUGGAACCAGAUUUGACUCGCUGCUCAACGCCACUGGCUUCCCACAGGAGGCCAUGGAGGAUGCAAUAGCCGCUUUUUAUCAGCCUGCCGCUGCUGCUGCUGAGUCGGCUGGCGAUCAAGAGCUACAGAGACAGAACGACGAACUGUGGGAGAUCAUCAACGAGCAAAGGGCGCUUCAGAAACAUACGUUUCAGCGUUAUGUUGAGGCAAAGUCCAGUUGUUGAGUGGUUUGUGAGGUUAGGACUAGGUGUCAAUAUGAUAAAAACUACGCCUCCUGGUUACAAGCUUGCAUACCGCAUCAGAAACGUCUAUGCUUUCAGAUAAAUAAAUACCAAGCUUUCCUGAGCGCGCAGCACCCCUGAAGCGGGUUGUUUAUCCGAC